AUGGUGUACUCUCAUCCCUCACUUAGGGAAACCAAAAACAAUUUAGUCGAUCAAACAAUAAUGAUUAUGAUAAGUAAAGUUUGUGUUUUAUUUGCACUCUUGGUGUAUGCCAGUGCGCAAGUAAUUCCAACACCAACAUUUUCUGGGGGACCAGGAAUUCCCACUAACUCACAGAACAAUUUCGGUAACUACCCCAAUACAGCUGGUACAGUCACAUCUAACGGAUUAGACCCACUGACACUUCUAUUUCUCACGAGAGGUGAAGGUGGUUUCAGACGUUAUUUGCCAUUUCUCCUUUCCCAACAAAAUGGUAUGAACGGUGGUGGAAUACCUUAUUAUCUUCUAUUAGCUGGUCUGAACAACUAAAUUAAUCAAUUUCGAUUCUCCACUCGAUUUUCAAUGCAUUUAAUUUGUUGGAAUAUUGCAUAACUUUCAUGUUGAAAUUUCUUUCAUAAUCAUAUUUCUUUUCUUGUAAAAUUAUAUUAUGUUUCUCUCAUUUGUAAAGAUGAUAUCUGAAUCUCAUAUGAAUAAAAUGUUAAAAUUGU